UCCUCCUCUGUUAAUGGCUUCUUCGUCCUCCUCUUCUCGCAAUUGGUCAUAUGAUGUUUUCCCAAGCUUCAGUGGAGAAGAUGUCCGCAAAACAUUCCUCAGCCACUUUCUCAGGGAGCUGGAACGGAAAUCGAUCAUUACUUUCAAAGACAAUGAGAUGGAGAGAAGCCAGUCAAUAGCCCCAGAGCUUGUAGAGGCGAUUAAAGAUUCAAGGAUUGCAGUGAUUGUGUUCUCUAAAAACUACGCCUCUUCAAGCUGGUGUCUAAAUGAGCUGUUAGAGAUUAUGCGAUGCAACAAAUAUUUGGGCCAGCAAGUGAUACCAGUCUUCUACUAUUUGGAUCCUUCUCAUCUUCGGAAACAGUCGGGAGAGUUUGGAGAGGCAUUUAAAAAGACUUGCCAGAACCAAACUGAGGAAGUGAAAAAUCAGUGGAAGCAAGCGUUGACUGAUGUUUCAAACAUCCUCGGAUAUCAUUCUAAGAACUGCAAUAGCGAAGCUACAAUGAUUGAAGAAAUCUCCAGUCAUAUUUUAGGUAAACUGAGUUUAACUCCAUCAAAUGAUUUUGAGGAAUUUGUUGGCAUCAAAGAUCAUAUCGAGAAGGUGAGGUUGUUGUUGCAUUUGGAAUCUGACGAAGUGAGGAUGGUUGGGAUAUGGGGUACCUCGGGAAUCGGUAAGACUACCAUUGCAAGAGCUUUAUUUAGUAAUCUCUCUAGUCAGUUUCAAAGUAGUGUUUACAUAGACAGGGCUUUCAUAUCUAAGAGUAUGGAAGGUUACGGUCGAGCCAAUCCAGAUGACUAUAACAUGAAGUUGCGUUUGCGAGAAAAUUUCCUGUUUGAAAUUUUGGGCAAAAAGAACAUGAAGAUCGGUGCAAUGGAAGAAAGGCUGAAGCAUCAAAAAGUUCUUAUCAUUAUUGAUGAUUUGGAUGAUCAAGAUGUGCUAGAUGCCUUAGUGGGUAGAACUCAAUGGUUUGGAAGUGGGAGUAGAAUAAUUGUGGUUACAAAAAACAAACAUUUCUUAAGGGCCCAUGGGAUUGAUCAUGUUUACGAGGCCUGUCUCCCAUCUGAAGAACUUGCUCUUGAGAUGUUUUGUCGAUAUGCUUUCAGGAAGAAUUCUCCACCUGAUGGUUUUAUGGAGCUUUCUUCUGAAGUUGCAUUGCGCGCUGGUAAUCUUCCUUUGGGUCUUAAAGUUUUGGGUUCGUAUCUACGGGGUAGGGACAUAGAGGACUGGAUGGAUAUGAUGCCGAGGCUUCAAAAUGAUUUAGAUGGGAAAAUUGAGAAGACACUAAGAGUCAGCUACGAUGGAUUAAACAACAAAAAGGAUGAAGCAAUAUUUCGUCACAUUGCAUGUCUUUUCAAUGGUGAGAAAGUAAAUGACAUCAAGUUGCUUCUAGCAGAGAGUGACUUGGAUGUUAAUAUUGGGUUAAAAAACCUUGUUGAUAAGUCUCUCAUAUUUGUAAGAGAGGAUACUAUUGAGAUGCACCGUUUGCUACAAGAUAUGGGUAAGGAGAUUGUCCGUGCACAGUCAAAUGAGCCUGGAGAACGGGAAUUCCUUGUGGAUUCGAAGCAUAUCUACGAUGUACUUGAAGAUAACACUGGUACUAAAAAAGUCUUAGGUAUCGCACUGGAUAUUAACGAGACUGAUGGACUGUAUAUACAUGAGAGUGCCUUCAAAGGGAUGCGUAAUCUCCUGUUUCUAAAUUUUUACACUAAACAGAAGAAAGAUGUAACAUGGCACUUAUCAGAAGGUUUCGAUCAUUUACCCCCUAAGCUCAGAUUACUGAGUUGGGAAAAAUACCCGUUGAGAUGUAUGCCUUCUAACUUUCGUCCAGAAAACCUUGUUAAGCUUCAAAUGUGUGAGAGCAAACUCGAAAAGUUGUGGGAUGGAGUUCAUUCACUUACAGGGCUCAGGAAUAUGGAUUUGCGGGGAUCAGAAAACCUGAAAGAAAUUCCAGAUCUUUCUUUGGCCACUAACCUCAAGAAACUUGAUGUUAGCAAUUGCACAAGUUUAGUGGAGCUUUCUUCCACAAUUCAGAAUCUUAAUCAAUUAGAGGAAUUGCAGAUGGAACGUUGCGAAAAUUUGGAGAAUCUUCCCAUUGGAAUCAACCUCGAAUCUCUUUAUUGCCUCAAUCUCAAUGGAUGCUCAAAGUUGAGGAGUUUUCCAGAUAUCUCAACAACUAUCUCAGAGCUCUAUCUAAGCGAAACAGCCAUAGAAGAAUUUCCCACUGAGUUGCAUUUAGAGAAUCUAUAUUAUCUUGGCUUGUAUGACAUGAAGAGUGAGAAAUUGUGGAAAAGAGUGCAGCCGCUUACACCGCUCAUGACCAUGCUGUCUCCCUCUUUGACGAAGCUAUUUCUCUCAGAUAUCCCAAGUUUGGUGGAGCUUCCUUCUUCAUUUCAGAAUCUCCAUAAUCUUGAGCAUUUGAACAUUGCACGAUGCACAAAUCUGGAGACUCUUCCCACUGGAGUCAACCUAGAAUUACUUGAACAACUUGAUUUUUCUGGAUGCUCACGGUUGAGGAGUUUUCCUGAUAUCUCAACCAACAUCUUUUCACUAGUUCUAGACGGAACAGGGAUUGAAGAGGUUCCUUGGUGGAUUGAGGAUUUCUAUAGGCUCUCUUUCCUGAGUAUGAUUGGAUGCAACAAUUUACAAGGUGUGUCCCUAAACAUUUCUAAACUGGAAAAACUCGAGACGGUAGACUUUUCAGACUGUGAGGCACUGUCUCAUGCUAAUUGGGAUACCAUUCCAAGUGCAGUGGCGAUGGCAACAGAAAAUAUUCACUCUAAGUUACCAGUCUGUAUCAAAUUCAGCAACUGCUUCAACUUGGAUCAUAAAGCUGUCCUUCUGCAACAAUCAAUUUUCAAGCAACUAAUCUUGUCAGGUGGAGAAAUGUUUUCAUAUUUCACUCACCGAACUACUGGAACGUCUCUGACCAAUAUCCCUCUUCUUCACAUCUCUCCUUGUCAACCAUUCUUCAGAUUUAGAGCUUGCGCCUUGGUUGAUACUGAAUCUAUGGACAUAGGUAGUGUAUUUUUCCAGGUCCAGGUAUCUUGUCGGUUCACAGACAGACUCGGGAACUAUUUGGAUUCCCCUUAUCAACACGAGGUCUUCGCAGUACUUGAGAAGGGUAGUCAUAUGGUUAUAUCUGACUGCUGUUUCCCUUUUAACGAAGACAAUGCUCCUCUAGCUGAACUUAUCUAUGAUCACGUGGAUAUACAGUUUCACUUUACUCAAGAAAACGAUGAGCUCAAACUAAUAGGAUGUGGUCUAAGACUCUCUGAAGCCGAUAAUGAUCUAGGCAAUGAGAUUGAUGGCAGUGAAGAGUGGGAAGACUGCAACGAUAGCGGUCUUGGCAGUGAAUCUGAUAAUUUAGAGGCAGAAGAAGACACGUGAGAAGGAAGCUUACUUGAAGAAGAAGAUAUUUUUUAUCUGUGCCAAACUUGUUUACAGCUUUUGGAUCGGGCAUGCUGAUUGUUGUACAUCUUCUCCUGCGUGGGAUUUGAGGGUAGUGAGCUAGAGAAGAUGAUGCUCUAGAGCUCUACUUGUAUGAAGAUUAUAUUGUACAUUGAGAUGAGAGAAGAGAGAAGAGAUCACAUCUUCAAACUUAUCAGAAUCUGAUCACAGUGAAGAAAGAGUGUGAAGACAAUGAUGUGGAGAAAAGGGAAGCAGUGAGAGAAUGUAGAUUAUCUAAUGACAUGUGGCUUGUUAGAGAAAACUUUUAUCUAAUGACAUGCAUCUUCAAACAAAGUUUUCUCUUUUUGUUUUUUGUUUUCUACAACUUCAUCUGCAGAUGCUUUGUUGAAGUAAUUCUUGUACCAUAUAUAUAACGAUUGGGAAUUUUCUUGCUGACUCUGCUGUAACUUAAACGCAAAUGAGGAACAUGAAAUGUUGAUAAGAUUUUCUGU